AUGCAAGAUUCUAUUUGGGCUAUCUGGUACGACAUGCAGUCUACAGGUGAUCACGGUCGGUGUCCUGUUGGUGAAGAUUCCUGGUGUGGUUUCCAAAAACAUGUUGCAAAGAAAACAACCACCUACUCUCCCACAAAACUUCUUCCUAAAGCUGUGGUAUCUGCCAUUUACCCAGUGUUCAAAGCUCUCACUGCAGAGGAAUUGCCCUUCGGUUGCGUCCAUGGUCGUACACAAAACCAAAACGAAGCAAUCAAUGCACUGAUUUGGCAGAGUGCUACCAAGGAGACCCAUUCCAGUCUUCCUACUGUUGAAUUGGCUACCUAUCUUGCAGUGGGUCACUUCAAUGAUGGAUUCAGAACAAUUUUAUCUGUUUUGGAAAAUCUUGGUGUUGACCCUGGAAUCUAUUCUACCAAAGCCACUUGUGCCGAAAGAGCUCUGGUGCAUCCAAAAAGCGCCACAGAAAAAUUAGAAAAAGAGAAAGGGGUAUAAUUAAACCAAGGAAGCUAAAGAGGGACCCCAGUAUGAGGCUGGUGCUUUCUACUUGGAAACAUGAACUUUGGUUCAAGUUUAAAAUUUAAAUCAAACUUCAGAGUGUUUUUUUUCUCAUUUUUGAGAAUUUGAAUGUUCCAAGAGCCAACAUUUGCAAUAUCUUGAGAAGUAUGUUACAUAUAAGCAUGGAAUUUUCACCGUGAAUUCAUACAAGUAUUAGCUGUGCAAUAAUAUAGUAUUUUCAGGUUUGACUACCCCAAACAAUAUUUAGAGCCUUUGGACAACAUGUUGUUGUAUCUGCAAAAUAAUACGUCAUUGCACAGCUUUUGUACUACAUAUAUCACUUAGAAUAUUUCAGACUCCUAGCAGUUUUCUUUUAGGAGAAAUCACUGUUGGCGUGACCAAUAGUGACGUAAGUUUGACGUCUACCCUUAGGGCGCCGAUGGGGUCAAAUUUGACCCAUAUGAUACUUGGGCUCCCUGUAGCGAAAGUAUAGAUGCUAAAAUCAUACUGCGCAUAUCAGUUUGAAGCACACGACUUCCUCUUGAUCUAAUUUUCUGUAUUAUUAUAACGUUAUUGAUUUAUUGAAGUAAAUUUCCAAUAUAAAAUGUAGUAAAUUUUGAAAUAAAGAUAUGCAUACUAUGAUAUAUUAUUCACGCUCAUUGAAAUCUAGGAGAAGUAUUCUUUCUAGAUAUCAGUAAAUUGGCUGAUGACAACGCUAAAAGUUGUGUCUAGAAAUUCCCUGAUGAUAAGGGCAUGUGAUGAUGAUGAUGAUAGAAAUAAAGAGCAUCCGCCAUAUUUUCGUUUCGUAACCUUUUGUUUGAUAUGUAAUCAUUUUCAAAUUUGUAGGAAUCUUGCAACAGUGACAUCACUGCUACUAGUGAUAACGAACCCAGGCCCAAUACGUCGGACCCACUGUACGCGGGCGUGGAAAGGCUACUGGACGUGGAAAGGCUACUGCAUGGAUGUAGACGUGGUGCGAAUGCCAAUGGUACGCAAGCUCAAGGGAAUGCUGAGGAAAGUCACUUCAAGUGGAUACCUGCUACUGGUAGACACCAAAAUCCAAAUGCUGAUAAACCAUUUUCGGAGAAGGCUGGUCCUACACGAAGGUUAGUUGGAUUGACUGAACCUAUCGAGUACUUUUUGGCUUUUUUUAGUAUGAACCUAGUGAAUGAGCUAGUAAAACAAACAAACUUGUAUCAUGAUCAAAAGUAUCCUGAUGGCAAUGGCAACUUUACACCAGUUUGUGCUGAAGAAAUUUUAGCAUAUAUCGGAGUUAUUAUUGCUAUGGAGUUGUACAAACUGCCAAAACUUGACGACUAUUGGAAGAGAAAUGGAAUAUCACAUAUGCCUUGGGCCUCGUCAAUAUUUUCUCGUACAAGAUUCAGAGCACUAAGAAGGUAUUUCCAUUUGAGAGACAACACAAAAAGACCAGAUAAAAAUCACAAGUACUAUAAACUGUACCAAGUGAUCCCAACCAUAUCCUGUUUGACAGAAACAUUUGGAAGUUUGUACGUGCCAUCCCAGAAUGUAUAAACAUUGACGAAAUGCUUCUUGGAACUAAAUGUUGGGUGUCGUUUACUCAAUAUAUGCCAAAAAAGCCCAAACGAUUUGGCAUAAAAUUAUGGGCUUUGUAUGAGGCUAAGACAGGUUACUGCUGUGCAUUUCAAGUAUACACUGGUAGGGAAGAUGCUGCCAAACCUGAAUUACGACUGUCAUACAGAGUUGUGUUUGAUCUCAUGAAGAACUACCUCGACAAAGGUUAUAGACUUUUCAUCGAUAACUUCUACACUUCUGUACAAUUGGUCUAUGAAUUACUACAGAGACUUACAUAUGCCUGUGGUACACUGAGAUCAAACAGGAAAAAUUACCCCCGCCACUGA